AGAAUGUAAAGAGCUUGAUUAUGGAGGGAAUCAAAGCUGAAAAGGUGAAGAGUUUGAUCGUAGCUCGGUUUCAGACAGCUCGACUGAACUUGUGGGUGGUUGGAAUCGUAAUACUUCUGCUGCUGCGCGCCUGUGUGGUGCAGCUCAGAACGCUCAGCGAGACCGUCGCGCCGAGGCCCUUCAUGUUCCGCUCUUCUUUUCACGUUGACAUUCCGGCUGAAAGAGUCUAUGAGAACAAUGGAUACCUGAUCGUUUCGGCUAAUGGAGGAUUGAAUCAAAUGCGAGCUGGUAUUUGUGACAUGGUUGCUGUCGCAAGAUAUUUGAAUGUCACGCUUCUAGUUCCUGAAUUGGAUAAAAAAUCCUUCUGGAAUGAUAGUAGUCAGUUCAAAGAUAUAUUUGAUAUGAACCAUUUCAUUACAUCAUUGAGAGAUGAGGUUCGGAUAUUGAAAGAGCUGCCAAAAGAGCUGAAGAUCAUGGAGUACUUACCUUGCUUCCACUCCAUGCCACCCGCUAGUUGGUCCAACAUGUCUUUUUAUGACACGGUUCUUCCGGUGAUAAAAAAGUAUGGGCUCUUGCACUUCACCAAGACGGAUACAAGGCUUGCAAAUAAUGGGAUUCCUGUAGAGGUCCAGAAGCUGCGGUGCCGAGUGAACUAUGAAGCUCUGAGAUUCACUCCCCCAAUAGAGAAAGUAGGGAAGAAGAUUAUCAGGCUUCUAAGGCAAAAAGGCCCUUUCUUAGUUCUUCAUCUCAGAUAUGAAAUGGACAUGUUAGCAUUCUCUGGCUGUACCCAAGGUUGCAAUGACACAGAAAUUGAUGAUUUGACAAAAAUGAGAUAUGCCUACCCAUGGUGGAAGGAAAAAGAAAUAGACUCAGAAAAGAAAAGAAAACAAGGUGGUUGCCCUUUAACCCCCGAGGAAACUGCACUUACAUUGAGAGCAUUGGAUAUUGAUCCUAGUAUCCAAAUUUAUGUUGCUGCUGGAAAUAUAUAUGGUGGGGAAAGGAGAAUGGCCCCCCUCAGAGCAGCUUUUCCAAAUUUGUUGAAAAAGGACACAUUGCUGACACCCUCGGACCUUAAACCCUUCCGGAAACGUUCAAACCUGAUGGCGGCGUUGGAUUACAGUGUAUCAUUAGAAAGCGACAUUUUUGUGGCUACAUUCGGAGGAAACAUGGCAAGAGUUGUUGAAGGCCAUCGACGAUACUUGGGGUUCAAGACAACAAUUCGUCUAGACAGAAUGGUUCUAGUGAAUCUGAUAGAUGAAUACAAGAAUGGAACACUGAGCUGGAACGAAUUCUCCCAAGCAGUCAAGACGGGUCAUGCUGAUCGCAUGGGUGGGCCGACACGAAGACUAGAAAUUCCUGGGAAACCCAAGGAAGAAGAUUAUUUCUAUACUAAUCCACAGGAGUGUUUGCCACCAAUUGUCAGAAAAUCAAAGGGCAUACCCUUCUCAUUAUGA